AUGGGAAAAUACGAUCAUAUUAUCGAGCUCACCGGAUCUGAUGAUUACCCAAGCUGGCGCCGAAUGGUAACCUUAGCAUUGCAAGGUGACGGACUGUGGAACCAUUGCAGUUCCGGCACUAACCCCAACAACUUCGCUGACCUCGCAUUGGUCAUGCCCACACCUGCACUUCCUGCAGCCCCAACAACCGCAGAAAAUAAGGAGAUAAUCGACUGGAUCAAAGAAGAUGCCCAAGCCAAAGGAAUAAUAUGCCGGAGGUUGUCGCCGGUCGUUCAGACACUCCUAGAUGAGUCAUUGACAGCGCGUCAGCAAUGGGACAUCCUUGCAAAUCAUUUUAGUCGCCUCGAUAUGACCUCACAGUUCGAACUUCAAAUGGGAGUUCCUUUCACCAAACACGAGGCUGUCUUCCUCCUUCUACACGGACUACCUAAGUCUACAGACUGGCUCAUGUACAAACAGCUCACCAUUGGCCAAUUCAACAAACAACCUGCUCCCGUCGCCUCAUCCACAAGCACAACCACCACAGCUCCCCCAGCAACAGUGACUCUUACUUUCAGCGAAGUUGCUGCAUCGCUGUCAGAAGAAGCCAAUCGUCUUCACGGGGAACGUGACUUGGCACGUCCCAGAUCAGAGUAUGCCAGUCCUGCCACUCAUAACUCCUUCCCUACACAACCGUCCAAAGUCAACCCCGUCACUCAAGUUCGCAUUCACAAACAGAAUCCGUGGGGACAAGGGGGUGGCAUGGAAGGAAAGGCACCAUGGGCUCAAAAGGGAGGAGAUGGAGGCAGGCGAGUAAAGAAAGAAGUGGCCGCAGCCACUAAUGAAGGCAAGCCUUCCCCCAGCGCGUCACCCUCCAAUCCAGAUCCAAAGUCAAACAAAGUUCGGCAGUUGGUGUGCGCCAUGAUCGAGGAACUCGAUAGCAUUGAUCCUCUUGCCUCACCUAGCUCCGAGGACAUCACAUGCAUAGCCAAUCAAGCCCUCUCCACCAUCCUGGACUUGGUGUAG